ACAUUUACCAGCAAGAAUUAAAAAAACAACAACUAAUUGGUUUGCUACUAAAUUCACCUCUCUGUGCUACAGUGAGCCACCGUGACGCUAGAGUACGUCAAAGACAUCUGUCGUUUCUUAGAACCUUCUGGCCAAUUACAUAAGGAUUUCAAUGUUCUAGAGUAGGAACAGUAAACCUACAGCCAAGGGGAUAACAUGCAGCAGAACCAGUUAGAUAAACAUCUGAAUGGUUGGAAUGGCUGAGCGGCGUUCCUUUGUCAAUUAAGAUCUCUGAUUUACAGUGUACUCUGCGCCCAGCCGCCUUCACGACAGGUUUCUCCUGCAGCUCUCCGGGUUUGAUGGAGGAAUCGGAGCCGCUGCUGACCCGGAGGUCGGCGGGGAGCGGGCCGAGCGGACGCCUGGGAUGGAGCACUCGCUCCCUGGAUUCCAAGGCGGUGGAGGAUUUCAGGGGGAGGCUGAGGUACUUCUUCAUGAAUCCAUGCGAGAAGUACCGAGCCAGGGGAAGGAAGCCGUGGAAGCUGCUGCUGCAGAUACUGAAAAUCUUCAUCAUCACGGCACAGCUGGUCUUUUUCGGGCUGAGCAAUGAAAUGAUGGCUACGUUCAAGGAGGACAAUCUAAUGACCUUCAAACACCUUUUCCUGAAAGGAUUCAAGGACCACGGACAGGGGAACUACGCUCUUUACACCAAAGCUGACCUGUAUGAUCACAUCUACCACGUCAUAAACAGGUACGCCGACCUUCAGAACCUGACCUUAGGGAAUCUUGCAUACGAGAGGGUUGGCGGCGAGUACACCCCGCUGUCCGUCUGCAGGCUGUUUUACAGAAACAGCACCAUUGAUCCGGGGAGAGACACCUUCUAUAUCGAUCCACGCAUCGAUGAAGAUUGUAUUUCCAUAUCACCGGUGCGGCUGCUUGACAACAGUAGUCUGGCAAAGAACAUCAACUUCUCUUUAGAUUUCAAAAGGCUCGUUUCCGUUAACAUCAACUUCACUCUGAAAUCCAUCAAUCUGCAAACUGUGCGGCACCACGAGCUACCGGACUGCUAUGGCUUCCACAUAAAGAUCAUAUUUGAUAACCGUGCACACAGCGGAAAGAUAAAAGUGGGUGUUGAAAAUGAUGCUAGAAUUUACGAGUGCGGUGACUACAACGUGAGAGGCAACUCAGGGAAGAUGGACUAUCUCCUCUUGAUGUUUGAUUCCUUGGUCAUCCUCGCCUGCUUCGCCUCCCUCAUCCUCUGCACACGAUCUGUUGUCAAGGGAAUUCAACUCCAGUUUGAGUUCAACAUUUUCUUCCAUGCCUACUUCAGUAAACUGGUGACCUGGUCAGAACGUAUGGAGUUUGUGAAUGGCUGGUAUAUGUUCAUCAUCGUCAGCGACACGCUAACCAUCGCUGGGUCGGUGCUGAAAAUAGGAAUACAAACCAAGUUCCUGACCAGCUAUGACGUCUGCAGCAUCCUGCUCGGUACAGCCACCAUGCUGGUGUGGAUCGGCGUUAUUCGCUACCUUGGUUACUUCAAGAAAUACAAUAUCCUAAUCCUGACCCUGAGGGCCGCCUUUCCCAACGUUAUCCGUUUUUGCUGUUGCGCUGCCAUGAUCUAUCUCGGGUACUGCUUCUGUGGUUGGAUCGUACUCGGACCCUAUCACGACAAGUUCCGAACACUUGACAAAGUGACAGAGUGCCUCUUCUCUCUCAUAAACGGAGACGACAUGUUCGCCACCUUCCUGAAUAUGAGAGACAAGAGCUACACGGUGUGGCUUUUCAGCAGAGUCUACCUCUACUCCUUCACUUCUCUCUUCAUCUACAUGGUGCUCAGUCUGUUCAUCGCCCUCAUCACGGACACCUACGAGACCAUCAAACAUUCCCAGAGAGACACUGAACCAGAGUCCCUGCUUCACGCCUUCAUAGCAGAAUGCCAGGUGGAGCCUGAGUCUGGACAAUGGCAGCACAGCGAAUCUUCGAGCUGCUGCUGCUCUCCGUGGAGCUGGCUUAAAAGAAUCCCAAGGACGUAGUAUUAAGUGUGAGGGGGGAAUUGUAGUAAAUAAAUCUACAAUGACCCUUAAAGGUACCAUCUCAAUGGGGUCUUUGAUUGUAGCGCCCAGCGUUAUCAGUGGCUGAGGGUCUACUUGUUCAUGAAGAAACUGUUUAACAGUGUUAUACGAACGAGAUGAUGUUAGAUGAGCCGCAGCACCCUGGUUUAUGUCUGACAGAGGCCUGCAUAGACACCAGUACAACAAUCUAAUGUAAUGUAAAAGCAUGCACACGUUUUCUUAUCCUGUAUAGACGAAACAAACUUUAUUCUGAUAACACUUUGAGGUAAUAGGCUGAUUUAGUCAUCCGCUUUGAGGUAGUUCAAAUUCAGCUAAGAGUCCAUGCUGACACCUUGGUUUCUUGCUUGCUCUAAAGUCUUCUGGCUAGUCUAGUUAAGGGCUGAUCUCUAAUCUUACAUUUGUGGGACCAAAAGCAGCAACUUCUGCCUCUUCUACAUUGAGAUGGAGGGAAUUGUGACACAACCACUCAUAGAUAGAAUUGGUUCACAUUGAUAGUGGUGGACUAUGAUGCACAGGUUUUGUCAGAGAUGUUUUAGUACUCCAUAAUCUGGAGGGAUCGUGUAGAAGUAAUAUUGCCUCUAGAAUGGAGCCUAGAGGCCCUUCAUAUAUGGUCUGUGUUGCUCAGAUCUGUUAUUAACCAAAGACACAAGUUACACUCAAAGGCUUCUCUUUAAGAAACAGUGAAAGGAUUACAUGUCUCAGCCUCCCUGGCAACAUUUUACUUUGGGUUUUAGAAAAGUGGCUCUGUCUGUCUGUCAUCCCUCUAAUUCAGGAGCAAAAUGUUUGUGUUCUCUGAGGUAAUCAUGGAAUCCAUUUGCUGGUGUUGUGGACUCAAGAUGCCAGGAAUGCUUUUAAGGAGUACCUAUAGUUCUUUUAUGAGAAAAUUAAGUUCUCUGCGCUCAUUUUUAACACAAAAUCGAGUUUGUUUGCAAUGCAGGCUGGACUUCACCAGGCCGUCUCCAGGUGAAUGUAAAGAGGCCUGGGUGAAGGUCAGCUCCUAUGAGUCUGAGGCCAUAGUUGUAAAGCAGUAAAAACGUGUAUUGUUCGAGGGGUCAGUGUCUUCCACAGGGGGAGUUAAGGUUUCCUAUACUGUUCACAACUGAUGGAAGGAGGGAGCGAGACGUGAACAGACGGAUUGGAGCCUCAAAUGCAGCAAUGCAGCUGUUUCGGUCUGUUGUCUUGAAAAAAGGUUGCUCUAGUCCACCUAUACCUACGGUCAUGAGAUGUACUCAAUUACCAAAAUUCUGAAUAUUAGGUGGUUAAAGGUGCUUCCUAGUAUGGGCUUCAGAAAUAGAGUCUCUGUCCUUCCACACAGAGAAUUAAAAAAAGAUUAUAUAUAUACUGUAAAUAUAUACAGUAAAAAGAUUAUAUAUACUGUAAAUAUUGCCUGGGAUGUUAUGUUACUUGUGUAUGUGUUUUUAACUGGUUCAAUGUUUAUUUGCUUCUCUCACCAAGUAGACUCCUUCUCAUUCAAUAUGCAUAUUUUGUACUUUGGUGCCUAUAGAGUGAUAUUGACAUUACACUAAAUCUCAUUAAACAUAUUUUUAUCCACAU